ACAGAUCGGAAUGUUGCCCUUCAAGGUCGAGCAGCUCAGUAUGCCAUAAUAAACAGUGCACAAUAUGGCUUUUAUUCAGCAGCAAUAAAUGCCAUAGAUGGGAACAAGGACCCCAACUUUUACCACGGCUUCUGCUCAUGUACACACAAUGGAUUGUCUCCCUGGUGGAGGGUGGACCUGCUGAAACCGUACAAAAUUGUCUACAUCACCAUCACUAACAGAGGAGACUGCUGUAGCGAAAGACUGAACGGUGCUGAAAUCCUCAUUGGAAGCUCUCUGAGUGACAAUGGAAACAAUAAUCCCAGGUGUGGGUUGGUUACCUCUAUCCCAGCUGGAGGAACACAACACUUCUACUGUCAUGGCAUGGUUGGCAGAUAUGUCAUUGUAGUUUUACGUGGAAAAGCAGAAUUUCUUCAGUUAUGCGAUGUUGCAGUCUGGACUACUGACAGCCAUUGA